AUGCCCAUUAUACCGCACGUCCAUUAUACCGCCGCUAAAAAUUUUUUUAUUAUUUUGGCGGGGAUAGUUGAUCGGUCAACGGAGGAAGUUGUCCCAUCAACGGGUCGAGCAAGUCAACCAUUUAUUCUUUCACCUGCUCUAUUUUCUCCAACAAUUCUUUCACCAAAUAUUUUUGGUGCUGGAAUUCUUUCUCCUAGGCUUUUUUCACCUACAAUUUUAGCACCUAAAGUCAUGUCACCUCUAAUCUUAAACCCUCUAAUGUUCUCACCAAUUAUACUUUCACCACUUGUAAUGGAACCAUUUAUUCUAUCUCCUGGAUUUUUUCAUUCCGUGGUAAUUUUUUGA